GUGUGUCAGAGGGGGAGAGAGAGAAAGAAAGAGAGGGAGGAACAGAGACAGAGGGAGAGUGAGGAGCAAAGAAGAAGUGAGAGAAGCAAAAGAGAGAGAAACAGAGAGAGAAACGAAGAGAGAGAGAGAGAGGACGAGGGGGAGAGAAAGAGAGAGAGAGUGAGGCAAGGAGAGAAGAGACGUCUUGAGAGUUUAAGAGAGAAAAGAGAGAGAGAACGCAGCUCGUGCAUAAAGGGCAGGAACAACACUACAGGACCAUGAGGGCUGGGUUUAGAUCCUAUGUCCUUCUCCUGCUGCUGCUGUGUCCACUGCUGCUGGCCCAGCGAGCCCCCCAGAGAGGCCGCCCGAGGAAGCCCCCCCGCCCCGCCGCCACGCGCAAACCCUCACCACGACCACCAGUGCCCCCUGUGAUCUCGGAGGUAGAGCCAGCCGAGCCUACGGAUUUCCCGCCCCCCAUCCUGAACCCGCCCUCCCCCUACUCCAACUGCCCCCGUGAGUGUGACUGUAACCCCCUGUACCCCCACGCCCUCUACUGUGAGAACAGGAACCUGCGGCGUGUACCACAAAUACCCCCCGACACACACUACCUGUACCUCCGGAACAACUACAUCGACGAGGUCACCGCUGACCCCUUCAAGAACGCCACAGAGCUGAAGUGGGUGGACCUGGCCAACAACAGACUGAGACAUAUAGACAGCGAGGUGUUUAAGAAGAUCCCUAACCUGCUCUACCUGUAUAUGGACCGUAACAACCUGAAGGAGAUCCCCAGUGAGAUGCCCGAGGGACUGGAGCAGCUACGCAUCAGCCACAACCAGAUCUCCAAGAUCCCCGCCGGGGCAUUCAAUAAGAUAUACCACACGUCCGUCUGCUCCAGAGUUUCCAGAAUACACAGUAUGCAUGCCUCCAAAAACCUUAGGAAGUCUGAGCUGGGUUGUGCUGGUCCAAAUGGUGCCAGGCUGGGUUGA